UGAAGAAAAAACUGGUCGAGCUCACAGACCACUCUCUCCUAAGCAGAAUGUGAGGAAGAAUCUUGAUUUUGAACCACUCUCCACUACAGCACUUAUUUUAGAGGACAGACCAGCGAACCUCCCAGCAAAACCAGCAGAAGAAGCUCAGAAACACAGACAACAGUACGAAGAAAUGGUGGUUCAAGCAAAAAAAAGAGAGCUUAAAGAAGCCCAGAAGAGAAAGAAACAACUGGAGGAGCGCUGUAAGCUGGAGGAAAGCAUAGGCAAUGCUGUUUUAACUUGGAACAAUGAAAUCUUGCCCAACUGGGAAACUAUGUGUUGUUCCCGUAAAGUUCGAGAGUUGUGGUGGCAGGGCAUUCCACCGAGCGUGAGAGGCAAAGUCUGGAGCUUGGCAAUUGGCAACGAGUUAAACAUCACCCAUGAACUGUAUGAUAUUUGCCUGGCUCGUGCCAAAGAGAAAUGGCGAUCACUUAGCACAGGAGCUGAAGUAGAAUGUGAAGAUGCUGGAUUUUCUGCAGCUGACAGAGAAGCAAGUUUGGAGUUAAUAAAACUGGAUAUCUAGACGUUUCCUAAUCUCUGUAUAUUCCAGCAGGGGGGUCCUUACCAUGACACGUUGCACAGUAUUUUAGGAGCCUAUACUUGUUACAGACCUGAUGUAGGCUAUGUACAAGGCAUGUCAUUCAUAGCAGCAGUAUUGAUCUUGAACUUGGAUACUGCAGAUGCCUUCAUUGCUUUUUCUAACCUUUUAAAUAAACCCUGUCAGAUGGCGUUUUUCCGUGUGGACCAUGGCCUUAUGUUGACUUACUUUGCUGCAUUUGAGGUAUUCUUUGAAGAAAAUCUGCCAAAGCUAUUUGCUCACUUCAAAAAAAAUAACUUAACUCCAGAUAUCUAUCUUAUUGACUGGAUAUUCACAUUGUACAGCAAAUCUUUGCCACUAGACUUGGCUUGUCGUGUCUGGGACGUGUUCUGCCGUGAUGGAGAAGAGUUCUUAUUUCGUACAGCCCUGGGAAUAUUAAAACUUUUUGAAGAUAUUUUGACCAAAAUGGACUUCAUUCAUAUAGCUCAGUUUUUAACAAAGCUACCAGAGGACUUACCUUCAGAAGAAUUCUUUACAUCUAUUGCUGCCAUUCAGAUGCAAAGUAGAAACAAAAAGUGGGCUCAGAUACUGGCUGCUCUGCAGAAGGAUAACCGGGAAAUGGAAAAAGGAAGCCCUUCCCUCAAACGUUAACUCCGGCUGCCUCCAGGAACUCAGAGGAAAAGAUGGAAAGUGGCAAAAGUAUUGGAUAGUGUUUUGACACGUGUGAGCCUGCAAAUCAAAGUGUUACUUCAGUUCUUUUUCAGUAGUAGGAUAGCCUUAAAGGGGAGAGAGGAAGAGAGAAGGAAAAAAAAAAAGGAGGUGGGGGGUUAAAACCUUUGUAAGUGAAACCUAGGCUUAGCCUUAAACUUUUAGCAGAGUGAGCGUUUGCAGUGGACAGCGAUACACAUCAGGUGUCUGAUGAGGGCAGUAAAACUAAGCACCAUUAAGGUUUCUUUCCUUUUUUUCACUGAUGUUUUAAAAUACCGGGCAUUCAGCACUGUCGGUUGCUUUGAAAGCUAUUCCCUAGUUUUGUUGUUAGGCAGGAUGUGUUUCCCAUACCCCUCACAGGAGCUGGAUCUGGGUUUUAAAUAACUGGUGCUGGAAUUUAUACUUAAACGAUGUAAGGACCAUUUCUUCAGAAAUGCUUCUGGUUUUAUAGGCUGUAGGUCCCAUUUACCAAAGAGAUCAUGUAGACAUAGAACUACAUUCCAUUCUUUAAGGAAAAACGUUAAGUUAACUUGGAAAAGAAGUCAUGCUAGCAGUGUAAAACCAAUUAUUCUUCAAGAUGCCUUGGAAAUCCGUGUUCCAAUCUGGAUGCACGUGGAAAAUGUUCCAUUUUUCCGGCUAGAUCCCAGACUCACCAGGUGUGGGUCUAGCACGGAGCUGGCAUUAUUUCCCAAUUGUACUGUCUUGCCUCUGCUCAAACACGGGGUCACAUACUAGUAACUGUAUGCUUCCAUGUCUCCCUCCUCUGGGCAGUGCUGCUCCAGGGUGUUCCUGCCUACCAGCUACUUAUUGCUGUGCCAUCUGGCCAACUGAUAAAACCAUGGGCUGGGCAGAUGAGAGGUGGUUAAAAGGAAUUUUUAUGGGUACUUGAAACCCAGCUCUGCUUGCUGGCAAAACCAAGGAGGAAGGGCACAGGGGAGGAGUUCCAUAAGCCAACACUGCUGCUGAAAAGAAAAGCUUACAGGGGAUCUCUUGAGGUUGCUGCUGCCGUAGUGGAAAAGCGUAAAUGGAGCUGAACUUGAUGUGGUAAUGAGUAGAAGUUUAUUGGGGAACGUGUCAGACAAAUACUGUGGGAACAGGUACAGGCUGUCAUUUCCUAGCAUUGAAGCCAGCCUCAAGUAGAGGUGAGCACGUUAUACAGAGCCAACAGCAGAUGCUCAGUUGUUACUCCGCUCUGGUUCCCUCUGCAUUCAGAUGAAUGUUGAACUGUAAAUCAUGAGUGCCUCUGAUUUACAAGAAUGUUUAUAGUGUAAAAUCUGUUUUAUAAAUAAUGGCUACCAUUGAAAGGGAAACUAACCGAAGCAAUAUUUGUGUUAACUGUCACCGGGAAUUACUAGCUCCUCCAGCUACGUGGCCAUAGGCUUCCCAGUGCUUUUCAGUCUGUUUUAUGCUGAGCAUUUUGGCAUUGUCUGAAUAAAAACAUGAGAAUAAUAGUUGCACACUGCUCAAAUCAACCUAGACAGUAAGGGAUGUAAUCAAAAGACUCUCCUUUAGUACAACAUUCUUUCUGUGAGUGGUACUUUGACUGUAACGUUAAAAAAGAAUGAAAGCAAGGUUUCUUGGUUAACUGUUUGAAGACUCCUAUCACUUUGGAAUACAUGUAAUACAAGUGCAGCUUGCAAGUCUGUUACCUCAUUGGCCUUUUUUCCUGUCCACUUCGUGUACCUGGUGUAAUAGACAUGUGUAUUUUUUGUUGGCCAUCUGAAUUUCUCCAAAAGGCUUCUUCUGGGCCAUCGCUUACUGAAAACAGACAUCAGGAUGUUGAUAUGAAAGCCCGUUAAUUCUCCCAGGAUUUGUGUAGGAUCCUUUAAUGAGCGGUACUUGUAUGGUACAUUGCUUUGAUGUGCAAUAGAAAGCUGGAAGGUCAGUAAGUGGUUUUUAAUGCUACUUUUACUACAACAAAUACACCUUUUCACAAAGGGUAUGAGAGGCCUAACAUCCCCAACAUUUGCACUAUGCUUUUAAAUGAUUUAUUAAACACAGAGACAACUCUUUACGCAGCAUACGUUUUUUAGGUGGUACUGUAACUGGCUUUGUGAUUUAAGUCCUCCCUGUAACUAGGUGUGUAUUUCUGUUUAAACCAAGUCUCAAAGGAUGGCUCGCUUGUCUGAUUAGAAUAUAUUCUGGAGCCAGUAGGUCUGUUUUAGCCAUCUG